GCCUGAUACUGAGCCCCACUUUGUAAUUUUUAGCUGUUUUUACCUAGGGUAUUUGUAAGUUAAAAAGGCACAGACAAUUUUGCUUUAACCAUAUAUAUAUUUUACAACAUCAAGAAAAAUCUUACCUUCAGUUUUGGGCUGUAUUUCUGCUACUGGAACAGUUGAGAUUCCUCCAUGAUGGUCACAAAACUGUUGUUCUGUUCAUCUGAAGAAAGCCAAAGGCUGUGUGAAUUCCACUUGUGCCAGCUAAGUGAACUUGUCCUGAUAAGGCAUGAAAAAUACAUACUUCAGGACUGAAAGGUGGUAUAUUUGAAAUUUUGCACAACUGCCCAGUUAUUCUCUGUAUAAUAACUUGUCUGUCCUUUGCAGAGUGAGAAUGUGAGGCAGAUUUGUGUAGUGGUAAAAACUCCAAAUAGGAAAAAGUUGGUAAGAGACAAGAUUAAUCAUCAGGAAGUAACCAGCCUACUUUGUCAUUUAAAAAACCCUACCAAAUCUCCUUUUUAUUGUCAUAUCAACAUAUUGGCUACCUAGAAAGAAAGUGUGUGCUAAAUGAGAAUAUGAAAAUAUUCUCCUUGAUCUGUGGUGUCAAUUUUUUUUUGACCCUUUUGCAACACUGACUUUUUGUAACUUUUCAACUGUUUUGUGAACCAGAAGGUAUGAUAGUAAUCCCAGUAAACCAAUAGCACUCACUGUCACUGGAAGAGUAUCAGCAGUAUCAUUUAAUGCACACUAUUUCCACUCAAAUGUGGAAGGUACCUAUUAGGCCUGGUCAUAGCUCCUGUUGGCUUGAUAUUUCUAGUUACUGGAACAGUGGCUUAUCCAUCAUUGAAUAAGGUGUUAGAUGUAAGGCCCUUGUGAGAGCAGGCACAGGAGAUCCUACAUCUAAAUACAGUUCUUGUGCUUGAGGAUUUGGGAGUGUAAAAAGAGAUGUAUCAGGUCGUUGACACAAGGGUGAAGUGAAGUAUGUCUUGCCUUUCACAUAACUGUUUUGCUUACUGAAUUUUACAUCCUGCAUUGACAUCUUGUUUCCUGUUUGUCAGCCUGAACUGCUCUUUUUAAUCCUCCUCAAGCACAGUUAAAGGAGUCUAUGUGCCUUUGCAGAUGCGCACUGUAACUGUCUUGCAAAUCUCUGCUGUCUGCCACCAGCUUGCCUCCCCUUGCAAGCGCGGAGAUCAAAGAAGCCGAUGUUCAUCUGCGGACCACUUUUUUGAAGUGCCUCCCUUCUAGGGGGCCUGAGGUGGCGCUGCCUCAGCUGGAGCGGCUGAGCGGGCCCAGCCGUGUGCGGCUCACCUGGGGACGGUAGCGAGCAGUACUCGCAGAGAGCCUCAGCUCCUAAAUGCCAUCGGUCGCUACGGAUCAGCCUUCGAGCCCCGCGCGGCGGCUGGGGCUCGGCGGGGCCGGUGCGGGCGGCUGUGCCCGCCUUCAUGCGCGCAGCUGCGGGGGCAGAGGCGCGGCCCGGCCGUGCCCUCAGGUGUGCGGGGGGCGCGGCCUGGCCGUGCCUCAGCGCGGGGGCGUGGCCUGCACCUGCCCGGGUGGGAGGGCGCGGCCCGGCCCUGCCCUCAGGUGGGCGCCGCCCUCGCCUCCCCUCAGGUGCGCGGCCCGAGGCGGCGGUGGCGCCGCUCCCGAUGGCGGCCCCGGGCGGGCUGGGCCGCUGCGUGGCCGCCUUCUGGCUGGCGCUGGCCUUCGACGCGGUGGGGCUGGCCGUGCUGCUGGCCGGCGUGUUCGCCGACGUGUUCUUCUCCGACCUGCUCAUCUACGCGGGCGGCAUCGGCAUCUUCCUCAGCCUGGUCUGGUGGGUGUUCUGGUACGCGGGCAACCUGGAGGUGCCGCCCGAGGAGCUGCGGGACGACGUGGGGCUGCCGGCGCCCAAGGGCCGCGGGGACACGCUGCUGCGGCGGCUGGUGAACGGCCUCAGCCUCCGCCUCACCUCCGCGCUCGCCCCCACCCGCCCCGCCGACCUGGAGCUGCAGCGCGCCGGGGGCUCCCGCGGCCGCCACGCCGACCCCGGCAGGAUCUGUUGAAGACACGACUAUUGACAUUACUGCCCCAGAAAGAGGGGGAAAUGCUGCAAAUUAUGGAAAGAGAUGCCCUACUCAAAACAGUAGGAUCCUCUCGUUGUGGAAUAACUUCUGCAAGCAUUGUGGACUCUCCAUAAAAUGGACACAUGGAGCCAUAUCUCUGCCAAAAGCACCUAUUUCAGUGUUGGACUGGAUAUAUUUGAAAUGGUGAAAAAAGAUCCCACAAAAUCUUUUUGAGAAGUGAGAGCUAAAAGAGAAUUGAACCUGAUUCACUGAGAUAUCAGUGCAGCUUGUCAUGUAGAUGGUUUUAUUGUUUUGUUUUACUUAUCAUUAUUUUUAAUAACCUGAAAGGUUUGGAUAAAAAGCUCUUGCACAAUGAAAGCUCUUGCACUCUUUUUUACCAAGGUGUAGAAGUUAAACUUACUGUG